AUGAGUGACAAAAUUGCGCCAUGGAAUGUCGUCCACAAGCUAGAGAAGCGUGGGCUUCUCAUCGCCAUCAACUGCAUCGCUGCGUUAUCCAUUCUAUUCUUUGGAUAUGAUCAAGGAAUGAUGGCCGGUGUCAACAACGCAAAGGACUAUAUCGACCUUAUGGGAUUCGGUUAUACCGAGGAGGUGGACGGCGAGGUAACCCCGGUGGUCACGAACUCCCUGCUGCAAGGUGGAAUCGUGUCAAUCUACUACCUUGGAACGCUAUGUGGCGGCUUGUUUGGUGGUUGGCUUGGAGACCGCAUAGGACGAAUCAAGACUAUCGCCGUUGGAGCUGCUUGGGCUAUUUUGGGUGCGGCUCUGCAGUGCUCGGCUCAGAACCACGAGUGGAUGAUCUGCGCGCGUUUUGUUAAUGGAAUCGGAACAGGCAUUUUGAACGCUAUCGUUCCUGUCUGGGCCACUGAGACGGCUGAACACACUUCGCGCGGACAGUUUAUUGCGAUUGAAUUCACUCUGAACAUUUUCGGUGUUGUCUUAGCUUACUGGCUGGAGUUUGGCCUAUCUUUUAUCGAUAAUGGAGCCUCAGCCUUCCGUUGGAGAUUUCCAAUCGCAUUCCAGGUCGUUUUCUUGCUAGUCCUCUUCGCGGCCGUCUGGUUCUUCCCGGAGUCCCCUCGAUGGCUCGUUAAGGUUGGCCGGGAGGAAGAGGCUCGCUAUAUCCUACAGCGUCUACGUGGAUCUAGCGGCGGGGACCUUAUCCGAGCGGAGGCAGAGUUCCAGGACAUUCUAAGUAUCGUCGAGUUGGAAAAGACCCAUGUUCACGGCGACUCGUACCUAUCAAUGCUUUUCGGUUAUAAGUCUGGAGAUCUUCACAUCGGUCGUCGCGUGCAGCUAGUCGUCUGGCUGCAGAUCAUGCAGGAAUGGGUCGGUAUCGCAGGUGUUACCGUGUAUGCCCCGACUAUCUUUGGUAUUGCCGGGUUUGACUCGACGAAGAGCCAGUGGAUUAGUGGAUUGAAUAAUGUUUUCUACAUGUUUUCUACCCUGGUCUGCGUCUUUACGCUCGACCGCAUCGGUCGCCGAUGGACUCUGUACUGGGGCGCUGUGGUCCAAGGGAUUGCCAUGUUCCUCGCAGGUGGCUUUUCCCAACUUGCAAUUGACGCCAAGGCAGCUGGGGAAAUGGGCAAAGCAUCCUCAUAUGGUGCUGCCGCAGCUUCGAUGAUCUUCAUUUUCACCUCUACUUUCGGUGCCACCUGGUUGACAGUGCCGUGGCUUUACCCGGCCGAAAUCUUCCCUUUGGCUGUUCGUGCCAAAGGAAAUGCUUGGGGCGUCGUGGGAUGGAGUAUCGGGAACGGAUGGCUGACUCUCUUAUGCCCCGUCAUGUUCGAUGCCAUUGGUGCAAAGACCCUCUACAUCUUCGCCGCCAGCAACGUAAUCACCAUCCCCAUGGUUUGGGCUCUCUACCCCGAGAGUAACCAGCGCACACUGGAAGAUAUGGACCUGCUGUUCGCGGCGAAGACACCCUGGGCCUGGGACGCAGAGAAAACCUUUGCGCGCCUCAAGACGGAGAACCCGGGCAUGAUCCAGGCUCCGAGUCACAGGGGCAGUGUGGUGGAUCCAGAGACUGGAAAGGUCAUCCAUGACACUCCUGUCUCCAAGGCUGAUAACAAUACCACGGCUGCGGAGCAUGUAGAUCACAUCUGA